CCUGCGCCCCACGACAGAGGUACGUCGAGCGUCACAGGCCCCGCCCACGAGGUGCGCCGGCGCGGUGCGAGCUCACCGACCGAGUAGAGCCAUGGCGCAGGCGGGUCCUCCAGAAGUGAUCCGGGCGGCGCAGAAGGACGAGUACUACCUGGGAGGCCUGCGGAGCGCGGCGGGUGGAGCGCUGCACAGCCUAGCGGGUGCAAAGAAAUGGCUGGAAUGGAGGAAAGAGAUCGAGUUGCUCUCAGACAUAGCCUACUUUGGCCUCACCACAAUUGCAGGCUACCAGACACUUGGAGAGGAGUACGUCGGGAUCAUCCAAGUGGACCCAUCCCGGCAGCGUGUGCCCUCCAGGCUCCGACGUGGAGUGCUGGUUGCCCUGCAUGCUGUCUUGCCCUACCUGCUAGACAAGGCACUGCUGCCCCUGGAGCAGGAGCUGCAAGCUGAGGGCGACGGCACCCGGGCCUCCCAGGGGAGUCUGCUACCCGGAGGACGCAGCCGGUCAGGGGCACGGCGCUGGGUGCGUCACCACGCAGCUACCCUGACUGAACAACAGAGGAGGGCCCUCCAGCGGGCAGUCUUUAUCCUGAGACAGGGCUUCGCCUGCCUCCACCGGCUCCAUGUGGCUUGGUUUUAUAUCCAUGGUACCUUCUACCACCUGGCCAAGAGACUGGCAGGGAUCACUUAUCUCCGCACUCGCCGCCUGCCGGGAGAGGACCUGAGGGCUUGCACUAGCUACCGACUGCUGGGACUCAUCUCCCUGCUGCAUCUGGCAUUGUCACUGGGGCUGCAGUUGUACAGCUUCAGGCAGAAGCAGCGAGCCAGGAAGGAGUGGAGGCUGCACCGAAAUCUGUCCCACCGCAGGAGUUCCCUUGAGGACAGAGCAGUUUGUAGAGCCCCACUCUGCACCCUGUGCUUGGAGGAGCGAAGACACUCCACAGCCACACCUUGUGGCCAUCUCUUCUGCUGGGAGUGCAUUACCGAGUGGUGCAACACCAAGACAGAGUGUCCCCUAUGCCGGGAGAAGUUCCCACCCCAGAAGCUGGUCUACCUGAGGCACUACCGCUGACAGCUCUAAGAAGUGAAUGGAAGCCCAUGGACAAGUUUCUCAGAACUGUGGCUGCACAGAAACAUAAAACCUCCACACUGCUCUUUUGUUGCAUAAGCUACUACAGUUACCUGGAAAGAAAGGGAGUCAGGCGCAAGUGGGGAAAACUCAAUUUGGGGGUAGGAGAGUUUGUUGCACGUAAUCUAUGGCUUCUUCAGUCUCUGGAGAUAGUGGACUCCCCCCUCCCUUCCCAAGCCACACAGCUGAGAACUGCUUCAGAAGGUCAGGGUGUUUUACUCAGGUCUGUAAAGAGGCAGCCACCAUUGGGCUGGGAGAGGCAUGGCUCAGGUUAGGCUGGAAGCGAAGUGUAGAACUCUGGGCUCACUGCCGUCAGUACCCCUCCUAAAACACCACAUGCUUAAUCCAUGUUGCCAACUCCUUAAGGAAAUGAAGGGCUGUGCUGGACAGAUGGCUCAGAGGCUGAGCACUGGAUGUUCUUCCAGAGGCCCUGAGUUCAAUUCCCAGCAACCAUCUAUUCUGGAAUCUGAUGCCCUUUCUGACAGAACACUAAAAUACAUAACAAAUAAACCUUUACAAAAAGUACAACUUGAAGGUCUUCAUCUCCCCGAGCUGCACAUUUUUACAACUGUAUUA